AUGGUGAGGCAUCCCUUGCGCCCAGGGUUCCACCUGGAGGGCACGUUCUCUUCCCACACGUCGCCCGUGCGACAGGUAGUCUACCAGGCCAGCACACAGCGCUACGUGUCCCUCGAUGACAAGUGCAUCAAGGCUUGGAAACUUGACCCCACGACACCCUCCCGCACUCGGGAGGUCGUGACGCUGCAUUUCCCCGCAUUUCAACCCUCCUUCAUCUCCUGCCUUGUCUACGUGGACCACCUCAAGAUGUACUUUGCGGCCGCUCUGGACCACACCCUCAAGCUGUACACGGACAGCCUGAAGCUCAAGGCCAGCCUGGAGUGGAAGGGGGGUGCGGUGCUGUCCCUUCUGUAUAACGAGGCGCAGGACGAACUCAUAAGUGCUGGCUCUGAUGGCGUGAAGAUAUGGUACUCGGAGAAAUAUUUCACGUCGGCGCAGGAGGAGAGGCGGGUGUUGAGUGGGUGCCGCCAGCGCCGUGCCAGAGUUUCGCCCGUCUGGUGCCUUGGACCACACCAGACGGUGUGUGAGAGGAUGUGCCUUCGUGUGCCGGGGUGCACUAGGGGCGCGUUGGGCCAGGGCCUGGGGCCUGGGGGCCCUGGUGAGGGCGAGUGGUGCCACAGGAUGGUUCUUCAUAAAGAGAGCCAGACCCUGUUGGUCCUGUUCUUUGGGAAUGUUUACGGAUUCUCGAUGGGCAAUGGCACCAGGACUUUCAGCUGGGAGGCGUUGCAUGCUCAGCCGAUCACUGGUCUUGUCUACCUCCCGGACAUAUUCACGGCCUUCACGGCGUCUCAGGAUGGAAAGGUUGUCAAUUGGCGGAUACUGGCAGAUGGAACUGUUCAGCAGUUUGCAAGCCUGAGCGGCGUCGCCUCCCCUGUGAGCGGGCUGGCGUUGGGGCCGGACAGCAAGUCCCUGCUCACGUCCACUCUAGAUGGGACAGUGACGCUGUGGGCUCUGGAGUCCAGGAUGGUCAUGUUUCGCAUGAAGGUCCUGGCAUCAGUUCACGGGCUGACUUUUCAGAGCGAAGACACCAUUUACUUUCACGCUGGCAAGGAGGUCAGGGUUGUGCGCAUCAAGCACCUGUUCUCGACUGCCAGGACCUGCAACUCUGCCCCUUUGGAGUUGCAGUCUGUUGGUGAUGGGCUGGUCCUUGCCACCUUUGAGGACAGCAGUGUGCGCCUGGUGGAUCUCAAUUCUGACCACGAUGCAUUCGCGACGGUGCCCCAGCUCUCCACUCAGUCUGUGCUGGGCGCCCAGCUCUGGCAGCUACGCAAUUUGCUGCUUGUGAUGCUGGCGAACAGCCACCUGCAUGUGUGGGAGGUUGACCCAGAACAGCCCCCCCGGCUGUGCAAGGUCUGGAGCCACUUAGCACGGGAGGGAGCAUGCUGCUUCACGAUUCUUGAGGAACGGUAUGUACCGAGAGGCAUGAUGGCAACACUAACCUCUCGAUGCGGCAGGUCGAGGCUGGGCAAAAACUUUGCAAUCGUCGGGACAAGGGCCGGUGGGCUGCUGAUCUGCAAUUUGGACAGAGAUUGCCAAGUGUUGUUGAGCAUCAGCGCCUUUGACAAGGACACUGUUGUCACUGUGGCCACAGAAUCGCAGAGCAGCCGUCUGGUUGUGUGUUCCAAGUUCACGGCAAAGACCUACCGGCUAAGUCACCUCCAGUGCAUAGGUGAGGUGCGCUGCUCAGACGAAAUUGUAAAAGUGACGGCCAUGGCUGGACGGGCCCUGAUCGGGGGCGCCCAGGGUAGCAUAGUGCUCGUCGACUUGAACACCGGCAGGCACUUGCCCUCAGAGAGGGGUACCCAUCACUCGACACGAAUCACGGGAGCCGAUCGGUGUGAGUACCUGCAACAGUUUGCCACCAUGGGGGUGGACGGGAGUGUGCGGAUCUCAGACAGGGAGGACCAGAUGAUUGGCACACUGUCCUUGGCAGUUUCCAUUACCAGUGGCUGCUUUCUCAAUAGUGCUGGUGACAUCAUUGUUGGCGCCGGCACCAGACUGCUCGUGUCCACUGCUGCACAGUACCAAGAUCAGGCAGCAAGCUGCAUGUCGUCCCCCAGCCGCUGCCAUCCCAAAGCAGUGCCUGCAGCGGCUGGCCAAGGUGUCAUCAGCCGGGAGCGCACGAUGUCUGUGUCUGAACUCAAUGUGGGACCUGUUGGAUUCAAUGUGCGGGUCAUUGACAGUCCGCAGGCUCGCCUUGAACCCACCCUGUCCCCCAGGUACUUGAAGCGAAACUCGUUCCUGCAUGGGGACUUGGGGUCCAAGAGGCAGGGGUCCCUAAGGAAGGAGGCAGUUCAUGUAAAGAGGGUUGGGUCGAUGUUUCAGGGACUUGGGUCGUACAAAGCCGAGGCGCUGGCGGUGCUCGUUGCCCAAGGGCCUGAAGGGAUUUCUUCUGAGGACGUCACUCCUCGCAUAGACUGCCCUGACUCGUGGAUGAAAUACUCGGUGCGUUUUCAUGAGCAGACAGAUAAUGGCACGGGGGGGCAAGGCAGUGACCAUGCUGGCCUGGUGAGUGGGAGGAAUAGUGGGGCAUUCCCACCUUCCGAUGUGGACAGCGGAGAAGAAGCCGGAUCUCCAGCUGGAACGCACUCUGAGAGCGGCAGCCAUUCGCCUAGCGAUUCAGAAGACCGUUUGGAAGAUGAUGUGGGGAAGAUGUGUGCACUGCCUGGGCUAGAGAGCUCCUUUCAACACGCCUCAAGGAUUGUUGCAUCCAGGCAGGCGUUCAUGCCGGGCGCGGAGUGGCAGCCCUCCAUCCUGCGGAUAUUUGAAAGCACAGGCUCAGGCAUCAAAUCAAAGAAGAAGAAGAAGAAGAAAAGGCGGAAGAAGAAGACAAAGAAGGCAAUGAAGGGAGGGCGGGCACAGUCUGCGGAGGAGCUCCGAAAGGGCACCCAGGAGAACAAGGUCAUCAUCGGGGUUCAUGAACUGUCAUCCCAGGAGGCAAGGACGAGGGUGGCUGCUCGCUGUUUUGUGCCGAUCAGCAGCCAUCUAGCUGACAUCACACCCGUGGAGCCCACUGCAUUCGAGCCCCGAUGA